AUCACCUAUGAUUUUGAAAUUAAUUACCUAAUACCUGAAAACUUGAGGAGCUAGGCAUGACUAAACAUGCAGUGGAUAUGGCACUGAACUUAGUAUAAAUCCAUGUCAAUGAUUCUCCACUCCUGAAGCAAGCACAAGCGAGUGAAGAUUGGCAGACAAUGGCAAUACUAGGACUGGCUUUGGCUGCUUUCAUUCUUGCAGCAAAGGCAACAACAUUGGCAUCAGCUGCUUCACUUGUCACAUUUAUUUUUGGUGACUCAUUGACCGAAGUUGGAAACAACAAGUAUCUUCAAUAUUCUCUUGCAAGGUCUGAUUAUCCGUGGUAUGGGAUCGAUUUUCCGGGUGGAAGGGCAACAGGAAGGUUCACAAAUGGGAGGACUAUUGGUGAUAUAAUUUCUGCAAAACUUGGAAUUCCCUCACCACCACCUUUCCUUUCUUUGUCAAAGAAUGAUGAUGCAUUGCUUAGGGGGGUUAAUUAUGCAUCUGGUGGAGCAGGAAUUCUUAAUGACACAGGAUUAUAUUUUAUUCAGAAAUUAUCCUUUUACGAUCAGAUAGAGUGCUUUAAGAAGACUAAGGAAUCAAUCAGGGCUAAAAUAGGAGAAUAUGCUGCCAACAAACUUUGCAAUGAGGCCAUGUACUUCAUUGGACUUGGCAGUAAUGACUAUGUCAACAAUUAUUUACAGCCCUUUUUAGCAGAUGGUCAGCAGUACACACCUGAUGAGUUUGUGGAACUCCUGAUAUCUACACUGGACAAACAGCUUUCUAUGCUAUACCAACUGGGUGCCAGAAAGGUUGUCUUUCAUGGGCUUGGCCCCCUUGGCUGCAUUCCUUCUCAGAGGGUGAAAUCAAAGACAGGUCGAUGCUUAAAGAGAGUAAAUGAGUAUGUGUUAGAAUUCAACUCCAGAGUUAAGAAGCUGAUCGCCACUCUAAACCGACGAUUCCCAAAUGCAAAACUAACAUUUGCAGAUGCGUACGGAGAUGUUUUGGACUUGAUUGAUAAUCCCACUGCUUAUGGCCUCAAGAUCUCCAACACUUCAUGCUGCAACGUGGAUACCACCAUAGGUGGUUUAUGCUUGCCUAACUCAAAACUAUGCAGCAACCGGAAGGACUACGUGUUCUGGGAUGCAUUCCAUCCUUCUGAUGCAGCAAAUGCCAUACUAGCAGAAAAGUUAUUUUCCACCCUGUUCUCAGGCCCGCCAUCUGUGGCACCAACACCUUCUCAUUGAUUAAUACCUCUGAGAACACCAAAGUUGAAUCCAUGGAGCUGCGGCAAUCCCUGGAAAGCGAACAAGGGCUCACCUAUCUAUCAAUAUUACGUUUUUUUAUGAAGAGACAAACAUUAUAUUCCAUACAAAUGCUUGUACGAAUGAUUUCCAUUGUGAGAAAAUGUACUUCUGAGAACUAAUUCCAAUUAAAAAUUUGUUUGAAUAUUAAUAUAAUGUAUGAUAUUUUUUAUAAAAAUAUUUUUAAAUUAAAAAUAUAUCAA